GCCGCUGUUAGCCGUGGUGACGUUAAAUUGUUGCAGUGGUUUUGGGAGAACGGGUUUGAGAUUACAAAUCCGAAGCUGCUCGAGGUUGCAGUUCGUAGCCGUCAUCUAGAAGUAGUUCGGUGGUUGUCGGAGCACGGGUACAAGAAGACCGCACCUGUCUGGAGCGAAGCCGUAAAAGCUGCCAUACGAGGAGGGCAUGUGCAUGCGCUUCGGUGGAUGACGGAGUGUGAAGACUGCCGUGGAUCCUGGAAACGUGAUUUCUUCAAAACUCUGGAGCUUGCAGCAAGACACGCUCACCUUGAUGUCGUGAAAUGGCUGCUUGAGAGAGGAAUUGACCGGCAUGCAUUGAGCCUGGCAGCGGAGCACGGGCAUCUGGAGGUGGCGCAAUGGAUCUAUGGCGCACGGGCGGACACAAGCUGCUGCUGGGUCUGUAUUCCAAUGAGCAAGGCUGUCGCAAACGGGCAUCUUGACAGCGUGCAGUGGCUGCAUACGGUCAAAGGAGGACAAUGCUUUGCUCGAGCUGUCGACAAAGCGGCUGAGAAUGGGCACCUCGAAGUGAUGGAGAGGCUGCAUUUGAACCAUCCCUUCUGUUGUACGACGGCUGCGAUGAAUGGAGCGGUGGAGAAUGGACACUUGGAGGUAGUCAAGUGGUUGCACCGAGUUCGUCACGAAUGCUGUUCGUCGCAAACUCUUGCAACCACUGCUGCUGAACAAGGGCGCUUGAACUUGGUAAAAUGGCUGCAUACACAUUUUCGUGAGGGUUUCUCGGCAUCUGCGAUGGAGGCUGCCGCAGGAAAUGGGCACAUGGGUUUUAUCAAGUGGCUGCAUGAACAUCGCAGCGAGGGGUGUACCGAUGCGGCUCCAUUUAGGGCUGCUCAAGGUGGACAUUUGGAGAUUUUAAAAUGGCUUCACAUGCACUAUUCCAAUACGUUUUUACCUACAACAAUGGAUGCAGCAGCUGAAAACGGGCAGUUUAAAGCCGUUCAAUGGUUGCAUGGAAAUCGCUCUACUGAGGCACUGUUUGCUGCCGCCAUUAACGGCCACCUCGACACUUUCCUGUACCUACUUGAGCACCGACCGGAAGGU